GAUCCAAACAAGCUUUAAAAAAAAGUUAAUGUAGGAAUACGAUUAAAAGAGUUUUUCAAAAUGUUUUUGAAGUUUUUUUGUUGUUGGAAAUGCGUUCGAGAUUUUUGUGCAUGCGUCGUUCGCUGCUUAUUUGGCUUUGAGAAAAAUACUAACGAGGAAGUAUCUCGGAAGGUCUUUGGAAUCAAAGCGCCUUCUUUUCAUUAUUCUAUGAAGUUUUAAAAUAUUACUUUUUAUGAUUUAUUGUACAUAUUAAAUGCUUUAAUUUUUAAUAAAUCUAGACACAUGAUUUUUACCGUCACGUGUUAACGAGAUCCGCCUGCUUGAUAAUCUUAAAGCUUCGCUUACUAUUAACUGCCUUUUCAACAGCCGCUUUGCUUUUCUUUGGAAUCCGCUGAAACUUAACAUUUUCGGAAUCUUCGAUCAACGCAAUCCGAUCUAUGCAAUUCGUGAUCCAGAACUAGUUAAACGCAUUAUGGUUAAGGACUUUGAUCAUUUUAUCAAUCAUCGUGAAGUUUUUAAUGAAAAUUUCGGUGGUCUUUUUGGUAAAUCUUUGUUUUUCAUGCGAAAUAACAAAUGGAAAAAUAUGCGUCAUACUUUGAGUCCCGUCUUCACUGGCAGCAAAAUGCGUCAAAUGUUCAUAUUAAUCAAUGAGGUUGCCAAAGAAUCAAUGGAUUUCCUGAAAGAAAAAUCCGAAAAUCACCAGGAAAUCGAUUUUGAUAUCAAAAACUACUUCACCAAAUUUACAAAUGACACAAUUGCUUCUGCGGUUUUUGGUUUGAAGAUUAAUUCUUUCAAAGACGAAUGUAAUGAGUUUUAUUUGAUGGGAAAGAGGGUUACCACACCGACAAUUCUCCAGAGCAUCAAGUUUUAUUUGUAUCUUAACUUAAAAUCCUUAUCGGAAUUCUUGAAAAUCCAAAUAUUUAGCAAAGCUGAUACCGAUUAUUUCUCACGCCUGGUUCUGGACACAAUGAAAUAUAGGGAAAAUAAUAACAUAAGUCGCCCAGAUAUGGUGCACAUGUUGAUGGAAGCUAGAGGAUCUCUGGUGGGAAAUGGGGAAGAGAGUAAGAACUCAGUCCAAUGGACAGAUGAAGAAAUUGUAGCCCAAUUUUUUCUAUUCCUUUUUGCUGGUUUUGAGAUAACUGCAACAAUGAUGGCAUUUGCUGCUAGUGAACUUAUGCAAAAUCCAGAUAUGCAGGAGAAACUUCGUCAGGAAAUUUUCGAGGUGAAAAGAAACCUCAACGGAGAACCCCUUACCUAUGAAGUUCUUCAAAGCAUGAAGUACAUGGAUAUGGUCGUAUCUGAAACUCUGCGAAGAUGGACGCCAACACCUAUAACAUUCCGUCAUUGUAACAAGGAUUUCACGUAUAAGGAUGAUGAUGUUCAUGUGACGAUCAAAGCUGGCGAAACAAUUGCCAUACCAAUUGUUGGCUUCCACCAAGACGAGCAAUAUUUCCCGAAUCCAGAGAAGUUCGACCCGGAAAGGUUUAGUGACGAAAAUAAAGGUAAUAUUCGUCCGUUCACAUAUUUGCCUUUCGGAAUCGGACCAAGAAGCUGUCUAGGAAGCCGAUUUGCCCUUUUGGAGGGUAAGGCUAUAUUGUUUUAUAUUUUGAGUGAAUUCCGCAUCGAGCACUCACCUCGGAGCAGAGUUCCAAUUGUUUUAGAAUUUGCGGCAUUCAAUCUUGUAGCGAAAGGUGGUAAUUGGAUGAAGCUAGUUCCGCUUGAAAGUGCCUCGAGGGGAGUGCAACCAUAGAAGAUUUUCGAAUUAGAAAAGAAGGAGUGUUCCUUGCAAUAAAUAUCAUAUAAUUUUGUACUUUUUUAA